CGGGCGGAGGGAGGCGCGGUGCGGGGCUGCCGGCGCGGUGCGGGGUGCGGAGCUGGGCUGAGCCGGCACCCUGGGGCGCUCCGCAGGGGAGGAGCGGAGCCCCCACUGCCGCCCAGUGCCCCCGGUGCCCUCCGCACCAUGCCCGAGCAGCUCAGCGUGGCCGACUUCUUGGCCGUUGCCAGCGAGGACCUCGGUUCCCCGGCCGCCGCCUUUGCCUCCAAGAUGCAGAAGUGCCGGGGGGCCGUGGGGGCUCUGGAGGAGAGCCUGGAUGGGGACCAAGCUGUGCUCCAGAGGAUCAGGAAAUAUGUGAAAGCUAUUCACAUCUCCGGGCUCACCCAUGUGGAGAAUGAAGAACAGUACAGUGAGGCCCUGGAGAACUUUGGCAACAACCACCUCUCCCAGAACAACCAUGAGCUCUCUACCGGCUUCCUAAACCUGGCGGUCUUCACCCGUGAGGUCACUGCACUCUUCAAGAACCUGGUGCAGAACCUCAAUAACAUCGUGUCCUUCCCCCUGGACAGCCUGUUGAAGGGCCAGCUGAAGGAUGGCCGCCUGGAUUCCAAGAAGCAGAUUGAAAGGGCCUGGAAGGAUUAUGAGACCAAAGUGGGAAAGAUGGAGAAGGAGAAGGAACGAGCCCGCGUGGCCGGGGUUAUCCAGGCGGAGCCAGCAGCAGCGGAGGUGGCCGAGGACAUGCAGAAGGAGCGGCGGCUCUUGCAGCUCCACAUGUGUGAGUACCUGCUAAAAGCCAGAGAGUCUCAGAUGAAGCAGGGACCAGAUUUCCUGCAGAGCCUCAUCAAGUUUUUCCAUGCUCAGCACAAUUUCUUCCAAGAUGGCUGGAAGGCUGCCCAGAAUCUCUACCCCUUCAUUGAGAAGCUCGCCGUGUCCCUGCAUGCGCUGCGCCAAGCACAGGAGGAGGAGGUGAAGCAGCUCACGCAGACCCGUGAUUCCCUCCGCAACAUCCUGCAGCUGGAGAACAAGGAGGAAAACUUGAACAGGAAGAACUCUGGCAGUGGCUACAGUAUCCAUCAGCACCAAGGCAACAAGCAGUACGGGACAGAAAAGUCAGGAUUCCUGUACAAGAAGAGUGAUGGGAUCCGCAAAGUGUGGCAGAAGAGGAAGUGUGGUGUGAAGUAUGGCUGCCUGACCAUCUCCCACAGCACGAUAAACCGUCCCCCUGUGAAGCUGAACCUCCUCACCUGCCAGGUGCGGCCCCAUGCCGAGGAGAAAAAAUGCUUUGACCUGGUGACACACAACAGGACAUAUCACUUUCAAGCAGAGGAUGAGCAAGAGUGUGUUGUGUGGGUCUCAGUGCUGCAGAACAGCAAGGAUGAAGCCCUGAGCAAUGCCUUCAAGGGGGAUGGGGGCAGUGGCGGGGUGGCAGCAGGCACCGGGGUGGACGGCGGCAUGCAGGAGCUCACCAGGCUGGUUAUCAGUGAGGUGAAGAACAUGCCAGGAAACAAGCAGUGUUGUGACUGUGGUGCCCCAGAUCCCACGUGGCUCUCUACCAACCUGGGCAUCCUGACGUGCAUCGAGUGCUCUGGCAUCCAUCGGGAGCUCGGUGUGCAUUAUUCCCGCAUCCAGUCCCUCACUCUCGAUGUUCUCAGCACCUCUGAGCUGCUGCUGGCUGUUAGCAUUGGGAACACUCGUUUCAAUGAGAUCAUGGAGGCCGCACUACCCACACAGGACUGUCCCAAGCCUUCAGCCAGCAGUGAUAUGGCUGCGCGCAAGGAAUACAUCAUGGCCAAGUACAUGGAGCGACGCUACGUGCAGAAAAGCAGCCAGGACAACCCCCACGGCCUCUGGGAAGCCAUUCAAGCCCGUGACCUCCUGGCCCUGCUCAAGGCCUUUGCCGAGGGGCAUGACCUGACCAAGCCCCUGGCCAGCCCUGAGGGUCAGGAUGCAGGCGAGCUGCCGCUGCACAUGGCCGUACGCCAUGCUGACAGAUCAUCCCUUCCCUUGGUGGACUUCAUCGUCCAGAAUGGGGGAACACUGGACCGGGUGACACAGAAUGGGAACACAGCCUUGCACUAUGGUGCACUCUACAACCAGCCCAACUGCCUCAAGCUGCUCCUGAAAGGAAAAGCCACCUUCACCACAGUGAACGCGGCAGGCGAGACAGCUCUGGAUGUGGCGAGGAGGCUGAAGUACAGCGAGUGUGAGGAGCUGCUGGAGCAGGCGCAGGCGGGGAAGCUAUCUCUGCAGAUCCAUGUGGACUAUGACUGGGAGCCCCUAUCAGAGUUGCCGUAUGACAGUGAGGAUGAGCUGGAGGAGAAGGUGAGCCCCCUCCAGCGCUCCUUUAAGGGCACAUCACCACUGGCUGCCAGCCCGCUGCCUGCCUGCCCCCAGACCCGCUGGAGCUGCAUGGGGAUGGACAUCACCAACAAGACCUACGAGAGCAUCCUGGUGCCUUCGCGCACUGCGCCCCGCCGGGCUCACAGCGAGGAGAUCCCCCCGCCACUGCCCCUCAAAAACCCUACGCGGGGCAGCUCUCGCCCCAAACCCAGCCACAGCCCCACCGAGCGCCCUGAACUGCCCCGGCAGGCAUCGGAGCCCCACUUCUCUGGGCCAGCGGAGGUAGCAGCACCACACAGCCUGCCCUGUGCCAGCAGCACGGGUGCCCUGGAUGGCACUCCCAGCACCCGCAGCCCCACCGAGAGCCAGUGGGCAGCCUACUGGGAAACCCGCUCCGAGACGGACACGAGCAGCAGUCGGCGGGGGCCAGAGCUGAGUCCCCCACCCACACAGCCCUUGCCAGGCAGCACAGUCCCUGACAUCCCCCCUGUCAAGUUUGGCUCAGAGAGCACCCGCUCGUACCGGCGCAUUGGUGGCAUGGUGGGCAAAAUGGGGUCAGCUGGGUCCCCCCAGAGCCCUGGUGGCCCUGAGGACCCUGCUGUCAGCAAGCUGCCCCCUGUGCCCAUGCCCAGAAGAUUUGCUCCGGCCAAGGGGAGGCAGAAGCGAGUAAAGGCAGUGGCUGACUGCAAGGGAGACAAGGCACGAGAGCUGACCUUCUCCAAGGGGGAGGUCAUCGUGGUGACACGGGAGGAGGACGAGCAGAUCUGGGUGAGUCAGCAUGGUAUGGGCAGCUGCUGGUCCUGGUCCUUUCCCCCCUCCAGUUCUUUUCUGAAGGAGGCUGGGUUUUUCUGGGGGGGCACAGAUGGGGAAUUUCUGCCCCAUGUAUGCAUGAAGGAGGGCUAGGAGGGCUCCACUGAUGUGUCAGCACAGCUUUGCCUCUCUAAAUGCCUAUUGGAAUUGAGCAGGGAAGUAGUUCUGAGGCUGAUAUCUCAAGAUAAGACUUGCACUCCCCUGAACCCUCUUUCUGCACCCCCAGGUUGGCUUCAUCGAGGGUGAUGGCUCCCGUACUGGAGUCUUCCCUGCCAGCUUCGUCCACCUCUUGCAAGACUGACCGUGUGGGGGUGGCCCAUUUGUCACUGUCCCAUUGACUGGGAGUAGAGCCAGCUCCCUGCUAGGGGCUUGGUAGAGCUAGGCCAAAGGGACAUGUGCCCAGGAUCCUAGCAUGAGACCACUGCCCUCCAAGGGGGCCCUGAGAUCCCCUGCAUUGGGAAAACCGUCCAUGGAUGGCAGCAGUGGGGGGCUGAGGAGCAGAGAAUGGACAUGUUUGCUGCACUCGUGGGCUGAAGUUUCUGUGCCAGCCCCUGCUUCUGCUGCUCUUCUGUCAUUCCCGUGGUCUCUGCCCAUCACUUGGGUUUUCUUCUUCCUUCUCUGCAAGGAAUUUGGAAUGGGGGAGCUGUAUUUGGUAUCCCCUACCCUCUGCCAGGUAGUCAUGAAGCUUCCUCUUCAUCCUGGGGCCAGCCAUGGGCCACCAGCCUCCUUCUGUACCCCAACUGUGAAGCCUUUGGGAUGGGCAAGAAAUAGGAGAGGGGUUUUUUUUGUGUCCAUCCCCCACCCCAGGUUCUGGGAGCUCCCUGGACUGUGGAGUUCAGGGAUGCUGCAAAGCUUCUCCAAAACUGGUAGCAAAAUGCCAUUCCUUGAUUUGGAGGGCAGGGGAUGUUUCAGGUGCUACCACAGAGCCCCUGCCCCAUGUCCCUCAUAUGGGGUGGGUGCUGGAUCACUGCCCCUUCCCUGGGGUGGGGUGGGGUCUCAGAGGGGGUUUUGCAACUUUUUCUAGGACCAGCAUACCCCUGUAGCAGUAUCCCCUGGGAGCCACCUGCCUCCAUACCCCCUCACUUUACCCUUCUCAUUUCUGUGUCAGAUGCUUCAUCUCAAAAAAGUCUUUUUUAAAAUCU